AUGCGCGAGUUCGAGCCACCAAGCAUUCAGAAGGACUUUGUCGUGGAGGCCUUAGCUGAAGGGAAGCGGCUGGACGGAAGGUCGCGCCUCGAGCAGCGUUCGUUCACGCUCACCUUUGGGCCAGAGCUUGGCAACGUCGAGUGCCGUCUAGGAAAGACUGCGGUGCUCGCCCAAGUCGCGGCAACAAUCGUCAAGCCGCGCGAUGACAAGCCGUACGAGGGCUUCCUCGUCAUCAACUCGGAGAUCAGUCCAAUGGCGUCGCAUGUCUUCGAGGCGGGCCGGGCAUCAGAGGACGAGGUCAUGAUCACGCGGCUGUUGGAGAAGAGCAUCCGGCGAACGGAGGCCGUCGACCGGGAGGCGCUAUGUAUCAUCGCUGGAGAGAAGGUGUGGCAUCUGAGGUUGACUCUGCACUUCCUCUCUGACUCGGGGAAUCUGCUCGAUUGUGCGUCGCUGGCAGCCAUGACUGCGCUCCGGCACUUCCGGAAACCCGAGAUCGAGGUGUCGGGUGACGACGUGAUUGUGCACUCGCCCGACGAACGCGCACCCGUUCCCCUGGCGAUCCACCACACGCCCCUCUGCCUGAGCUUCAGCUACUUUGAGGGCCUGCCGCCCAUCCUGGACCCGACGCACCUCGAGGAAGUGCUGGCGGACGGCACGAUGACGAUCACGCUCAACGCCCAGCGCGAGCUGUGCGUCCUCUCCAAGGCUGGAGGGAGUGCGCUCUCGCCGGACGAGAUCAUGGAUGUGGUGCGGGUGGGUGUGGAGCGCGUGCGUGCCAUGGUUAAGGAGAUGGAGGAGGCGUUGGAUGGGGACAGGACGCGGCGCGUGGUCGAGGUGCGGUAG